AUGGGCUCAGCGUCAAGAAGACCGGAGGUGAGGGAGGACGCAGGUAGAUGGCACAGUCAAGCCCGCACCUUGGCGCUCCACUCCACACCCGCUGGUUCACACAGAAAUUGACCAAGAUUUCAACCAGCAGCAUCGGUGGGGUGAGCCACAGGGGUCCCAAUGUGCGCGAAGUCUGCCGGCAACUAGGUCUGCAGUCGCACACCGAGAUUUUGGCCUUUUUCAUGGUGCACAGUCCGAUAACGCCUGCCAGGAUCCCAUACGGCACUCGCGUUGGUCCAGCGUAUCUACCACGUGGUCCGUUUGGGGGGGAGAUCACAGCCUUAACCAUCACUUCCCUAAGCACAAUCGUAACCCUAACACCACCCUUCACACCGACCUUAAUUCCCACCCUUGAAAUAUAACACGAGGUCAUUUGUACUAUGUAUGUUGGGGGGCGGGGGGGGGCGUACACAUACCCGUGCCCAAGCGGAGAUCAUACUGCUGGGGCCCGUGUUGUAACUCGGUUAGGUGCAAAAACCAAAGUUUGACUAAUUCUAGAGGGUUAAGAGCACCGCACCUGCUGUGACAGUUAUUACCAACUCAGUGGCACCCCAGCAGUCUCCACUAGCGACUACUAUGUGAGUUUUCAUCGUCAUUAAAUAGUUAGUUUCGUAUUCAAGUCGUUAGUCUAAUAAAAAUUUUUGUUCUGAUGAUUGUGCCUCCCUCUUCUGAACAGACUGCAAGAACUCGCAUACCUGUUUGGAUCAAAAAGUAGGUAAUUCCUCUGUGCGAAUUGUCCGCAAGACUGGGUCGUUCACAGAAAUAUCAGCAGUGUCCUAUAAGCCUGCAUCUUGGCUAUGUUUCGGUUAAAGAAGUUUCAUAUCUUUCGUCCACCCUCAAACUCCCUACCUUCUUGGCUUUCCGGGAACGAAAAUGCUCGUAGACAGAUGUGGUUUUUUGGGGAACGAAAUCUAUGCAGAAUUAUGACUUGAACAAAGUUAUGACUACUGUUGAGCAAUUUUGGUACCCUGUAAGUUAUGCCUCAGUUUCCACGACUACAGGUUGUCUGCAAGCAAAGAUUUCGGGUAAGAAUCAAGUGAACAGAAAACAAGAAGGUAAUGACGAAUAGUCGGGUCCGGCGCGGGAUAUCUCCUAACUCUGCAGCUGGCAGCAGGAGGUGGGGAUCGUUAAAUUUCUCGACAUCUCAAAACGCUACUUACCUUUUCUUGCUUUGAAACAGGCAGUUUUUACUUUGGUAGAGGGGCGCUCACCGAUCACUUUUACGGAACUCACUAGCCCCGUUGUGCCUAACGGGCUCUCUCUCUCGAGUCCAACCAGCAGACGCACAGCGGCCCAUCAUUUAGGCAGAAUGUUAUUACAGACAAAGGCAAGGGAGACUGGAAUGGUCAUUUCUGGUUUGUUAGCCGUCGUCAGCCAGCCAUACCCAACCCCAACGGGACGAGAAAGUGCCGUAGAAACGAUCGGUGAGUGCAUCUCUUCUAUUGUAUAUUCCCGAACGCAACCGACAAAGCAACGAGCCCGUGGUUCUGUGGCUAGAGGCGUUGGACUUCCGACUAACAGGUCGCGGGAUCGAACUCCAUGUGUUCCAUGCUUCGGGGCUGUGUGUGACUGACUGACGACGGCUAAUAAGCCAGAAACUGCCAUUCCAGUCUCCCUUGUCUUCGUCGAUAACACCAGUUCUUCAUUCGCGACUAAGUUGGUCUACAUUUGAUGAGAUGUGACCGAGGAAAGUUACCAGCACGGACUGCAGACUUAGUUUUCUGCCAGCGUCCUCGAGGUUUCGACCCGAGUCACAAACAGUAAAUCAAAAAGAUGGAAGGCGAAGUUUCGUGAAAGAAGCGUCAGUGUGACUAUAAAGCUCUCUUGGGUUAAUGACAGCAACAAGCUUUGCCUUAUUUGAAAGGACGUUCACCUGUCGCGCUACAGGACGGGCUCAUUCCGAUGUGCUGGAUCUAGAACCUCGCGGACGACCGCAAAGCGGCUAGUAGCAGAGACAGAUUGAGAUUAUUUUUUUAAAAUUUGACAUCAAUUGACAGGAAUGACAGAGGAGAGAUCAACAAAUCGACAUCCGUAUCCACGCACCAGCCAGCCACGCAUUCACCUACUUCUGGUCCUUGUGACUUGGUCCUUACACCUUCAUGAAAACCUGCUUCAAAUCAUCGCAGACACGAUCACAUCAACACAUGCGCCAGGCAUAUGGCCCUCCAACAUCCCAAGUCACCGGCACUUCUCAUGUAUGUCCAAGACUGGUCUUCAGUUCCUUUCCCCCUGUAGCUCCUUCUCUGCCAGGCGAGACCUGAGCGUUCUGCCCCUCCCCCCUGCCUGUUCCUCCGUGGGGUCGGGUCAUGCAUGUGGCGCGCACAGACGGGCUCUCUAGCCCUCUAACUUACUGCGCCCACUGCCAACAUCAGACAUCUAACCGGGUCGAACAGUGGUUGGGGCCCGAGAAUAAGAAUAGAGAGUGAGGUCGAGGGCUGAGCUCAUUUUCCUCAUCAUAAACAAUCUGACGCGCUUGAAGUUAUUACGGUACGCUAAAAAAAAUCGUGAUUUGAAAGGUUGCCAACCAGCGGCAUAACUCGAAACUUACAAUCAGUCCAGUGCGUGUUUGUACAACGCGGCGGACUGGUGGAUUGAGAGUCAGGAUGCAAUGGCUCCUUCUUCAUAUAGCCUCUAUGGCACUCCCAUUCCACGGGAUUCGAGUUGGGUUUGGCGGCACGCCUGGGUGCGAAUCCGACCGCGCCGGUCAUCUGCGCACUCCACCACCUCCGAUCUUCGGGACAUGGUCCCCACACCGGGCCCAAUUGGGAGGGUAGGAAUGUGUGCGAUAGAUGCUGCGCCGAUCUACAGUCACUAUAAAUUAAUUCAAGCACUAAUCACCGUCCCUGAUCUCGUUCAGCUGUAAAACACAUGGCGGUGGUAAACAGAUUAGACUUACUGAUUCUCGCAUCUAUUCCCUUCACAUGGUGACUUUCUCAAAGCUGCUGUCUAGGGGAUGCGAAAUUGGCCUAACUUCGUGGACGAAUUGUUUUUCUGGACAGUAGAGCUUUCGUGAAUUGUUGUUUGGAGAGGCCAUAGUUGACGAGGGAAACUACUGCCCCAAAAACCAAAGUUGCUCUUGGGUGUGCAAAUAUGCUGGUUCAAAUGGCAUUAAAAUAUGCUUCUUCGCUCAAAUCUGCUCUCACCAGAACGUCUACAAGAUCCUAAAAUAGUGGUGGAGGGACGAUCACCGGUCGUUUUUACGGAACUCACGCGUCCCGCUGUGCUUUACCGGCUCUUCCUCUCUUGAGCUCAAUUAGCAGCCGCACAGCGGCGCAUAAUGUAGGCAGAGAAUGUCUUUGUCGGUAAUAGCAUUUCAUCCUAAAAUAGGUUGCACAAGUCACUUUGCGCUAACCAGCUGCUCAGCCGUUCUCUUUUCAGGGUGAAAGGAGACGAUUUGCAAGCUCGGUGUGAAGCCGACUUACUGGACACUGGCUUGCAGUCUCCGUUGGUAGACCCGCGCCGGGGGGGGGAGAGAACUAUGAGUGUAAGAAAUGCCUACGGAACACAGCAAUUUUGGCGUGGGGAAGGCUGUUCGGUCUAAAAUUAGAUGAGGAGAGGCGAAAAGGGGGCCAUGCUUCCACCGCAGGUAGUAGCUCUUACAAGACAAUUUUCGGGGUCAGGUUUAGUCCCACCAUCAGGGAUCCAUCAGCACAUCCACCUACAGUAGGUGGGUUAAUUCAUGAAAUGUCAACUGAAAUCACGAAAUGCGUUUUCGUUUCGAAAAGAUUAAUUAAGAAGGGUUAUAAAAUUCAUCAUCGCGCAGCAUAAUUCUAUAAUGAUUCAAUUACCUCGGAAUACCGGCUUUCGUAUGAAUUUCCCCCCGACUGCAUGCAAAGACAAUAAUCUGCAAAAAAUGGCUACAUACGUAGCAGGCAUUUUCCGAUUGGUUUUCGAUGUCCUUAGAAAUUCAAUUAUAUUUCCUGGAAAGCAUGCAUACAAAUACUCAUUUUUUCGCACAUUCGGUAGAAAAUUACGUCUUCUUUCAAUUUGAUACUCGAAGGAGAAACAUAAUUCGGUUUUGAAAAAGUUCCUAAUUGUGAGAAUUUUAAAUAGCGUGAAAUGGCCGUUCACAAAACGUCAUGUCUCUGCAUUUACCAAUGUGGCUUCUAAAGUUAACAAUACUGAUCAAAUCCAGUGACAAAUUUUAUGAACCCUAUAUGGUCUCCUCUUAAUGCUGCAGAGAAAUGUGUGAUUUCCCGUACGAGGAAAAUACAUGACUUAUAGUUUGGAAACCCUGAAUGCAAGUGUGGCGGCAGAGCGGGUUCAAAAUUUUUCGGGGAUUGGACAAGUUUUUAAAAACCGAAUAAUACCCUUCCUUCGAGUAUAAAUUGAAAAAGGCGUAAUUUUCUACCGAAUGAGCGGAAGAGUGAAUGGUUUUGUGCAUGUUUUUCAUGAAACAUGAUUGGACGCUUAGGGGUAUCGAAAAUCAACGAGAAAAAUGCAUGCUACUUAUGUAGUCAUUUUUUACAGAGUAUGGUUUUCUUGUGCAGUCGGGACGAAGUUUGUACGAAAGCCGGUAUCCUGGGGUAACUUAAUUAUUAUACAAUUAUACUACAGACUGACCCUGCUUAAUUAAUCUCUUCGAAACGAAAACGCAUUUCGGAAUUUCAGUUUAAAUUUCAUGAGCUAGCCCACCUAGUGUAACCAGUGGGGAUCUUGAAGAUAGAAACGUGUGCAGGCCCUCAUAAGGCCUGCGCAGUGCUGUCAAUAAACGACGCAGGAAUUUUUGGGAUAUUUCUCUCCUCACUUACAAUCGUACAGUUGUCCUUUAUUUUAAACAAAUCACUUAUGACAGGUGUUAUGUACGACCUGUGCGGGGAGAGGAGGCGUCUCUGAUGAGUGGGGUUUUGGGACUUCACUCUGGAGCGAUUCAUUAAGAACUUGUCCUCACCCAGUAGGAAGCUCGCCGCUACGGGUCAAGCAGCUGCUUAAGUGAGUAAAUAGUACAUACAGUUCGACAGUCGGGCGAUACGAAACGAGGACAGCUGGUGAAUAGCUGUCAGAGCAAGUAAUCUGCGGCAGAUAUGUCAGUCGGAGAUUUGAUUCUACAAGGCUGUGGAAACCAAAGGAAAUGCGCCAUACGCACCCACUGUUUCGCAGUCACCUCACAUGGCAGCCGUGCACCGACAGAAAGAUAAAGUCCAAAACCACCGCGAUUUGGGGCACCGCAACGGCCACUAAAGCUGAAUAUAUGGUCUACGCGUGCCGCGCACAAUCCGUUCCCCACUCUGCAUAUACUGGGUCACAGUAAGGUUGGCUCGGAUAUCGCAUAGGUAUGAAUACAACAGGGGUCAGAUGGAGAGGGAGUCAAUGCGGUCAGAUAUGCUUACAGGAUCGAAAACAGGCAUUCCAUAAUUUGCCCUGGCGGUCGACUCAAGAACCGUCUGCUGUUCGCAUCCACGGAUUGCCCUUUAGACGAAAAAUGCUUGAGGGAGUCAACAUCCCACAGGUGAUUUCCCACGAGUUUCAGAUCUUUCUGGCGACAACGGUCAGGCUCCUGUCGUGUGAAAUAUCCCGAGGCGUUUACGCUUUGAAGCGACCCCAUGGGGUCUUGUAACACAGGUGACUGGAGUGUUACCGGUACUCAAGCCUUUCCCUCGUUGUCACGGGUUCGAAUUCCACCGAGGUCGUCAGGUUUUUCACAGCCGGAUCAGAAUAAAUUAUUCCUAAUCUGCCAAAACACCUACAAAAUUGUUUUCCUUUUUUCCCGAAUGUACAUCUUGUGACAUGUUUUCUUUUGGAAAUUCUGCAAACAGUUGUUUCCUUGGGGGGGGGGGGAGAGACGAACCUGCGCACCCAACUGGUCCAAGCGGCUGCCUUAGAAUUCCCACAAGUCUCCUUGCCCUCUGCUAGGAUGUGCUGAUAAGGUUUGGAGUGUCGCUCGUCCCCAUAAUGCCCAACCUGGCAGUUUAAUUCAGCACCCCCCCCCCUCCUCAUAUUCUCGUUCUGGUCUCCACAGUAGAAUAUCGUAAAAUGCGAAGUGUUGUCCACUUCCUCCAUGUAAACAUUUAAGAGGCCAUUUCCAACAAACGUAGGCUUUCGAGUAUGCAUCGUCAUAAAACGAAGCUUGGUCCGCUGUCUCACCAGUCGAGAUAGAAGGAUAUACACUCCAGAUAGGCUUGAGAAUGAACUCGCUAUUAUACAAAACACUCUGAGAAAAAACGGCUACCCCGAAAAGUCUAUCAGCAAAUAUAUGGAGGAAUGCCCUCCUAAAUCUGAUGUGUCGACGGCUGUCACACUGCCAUUUGGAGGGGAUCCGGUGAAUGAACUACUACAUCACCGUUUAAACGCUGCUAUCGCGCGCACGUACGCAACUGCUAAGUCUGGUGUUCACAAGCAUUCCACUUAUUCGCCUUGAAGGAAGGCAAGGAAAGAAUGCCUUUUUAGACCUCCUCAGUGUGCAUCUACACUUUCACUUGCUCCUACGUGACAGGCUGUAUUGGUCGAACGACUGGGCGCUUAUCCAAGCGAACGCGAGAGCACCAUCCUGUCUGGCUGAAUCAGGGUAGAGAAAAGUCGCAUCUGUAGCGUAACUGUGACUCACUUGGUUUGCAGCCGUCAUCGGGUAGACGUCAAUCAAGCAUUCCGAGCCAUCUAUAAAGUCCCGGUGAGACACUUCAAGUUUCUGCGUCAGCGAAUACUUGAGACGGCAGAGGCAGUGGCCAUACGGUUAGCCAAACCAACCUUGCGUUUGUAUAAAGCGUUUGUAUAAGCGCUAAGGCUCCCCUGGUCAAAGACAAACCCAGCAUAUGUGUUCAUACCCGCCACGUCGCGCUACAGUGAUGAAACAGGGACAGGUGAUCGCCAAACACCUUCCCCCUCCCCCUCCCUAAGCUCCUGAAGGAACUGGACUCUGAUCCCUGGCCUCUGAACGCCCUUCGACCCUCUCUCCCCCCAUAGUGACUUUUAUUGACUGUUUAACUUUUUAUAUUCUGCCCUCAUCUAUAUAACUGUGCAGGCCUGAUGAUAAAUAAUCGAGAGGUUACGUUCGCCGGACCUGAAUUUAUAAAUAUUUGAUUUAUAAGAGCAUCGAAAAUCGAUGCUACAUAAGUAGUUAGUUUUUACUAAAUGUGAUUCCGCAGACAACCGAAAAGGGAUGAAUUCAAAAGUCAACAUUCUAACACGUCUGAAAUAUCAUGGAAUUAUGCUGCAUGAUAGUCAACAUUAGAACGCAAACUUAAGUAAUCCCUCCCAGCCGAAUAAGCCUUUCAGAAUUUCGGUUAACUUUUCAUGAGAUCGAUCACUGACUGUACUUGUGAGCAACUGGAUCGCUGUUGGCAAAGUCCAGCAGCUGUGUAGUAUCGACGCUUCCUGCAAUGAUUAAUCAACCAGACCAUCGUUGGCUGUGUCUAAUGAUCUGAAAACACAGACAGAUGAAGUCCCCAUUCCAGCGGGAGAGUCCUCCUCCGUCCACCCACUUCCUAUCGCCCGCAUAUUCGCACACAUGGGCAGCUUGAUUUUCAUAAAGGACAACAAGAUUUCCCGUCUUUUUUAAACAUCGCACUGACGAGAAUCCUGUCUCGGGUUCAUAUCCUGAGUGCACCGACAGCUGGAGUAUCGAUGAGUAACGACAUCUAAGGGCUAUUCCAGUGUUUCUCAUCCAAUAUCGGAAACCCCCCUCUAAGACUUAUUUCAUUUCGGCCAAGACGCGUCGAGGUGUUUCUUUGUCUUUGUCGGUAAUAACAUUCUGCCUAUAUCGUGCACCGCUGUGCGGCUGCCGGCUGGGCUCGAGAGAGAGAGCCUGUAAGGCACAACGGGACGAGUGAGUUGCGCAAGAGCGAUUCGUGAGCGUCACUCUACCAAGGUGUUUCUUAUCCACCCAAAGACAAAUCUCCACAGAAGGCAUUCCAAAAUGCAAACUGGCGAGCGCAAGUGUAUUGUCGGCCAUGUCUCCUCAAGCAAAGAGGCAUGUUUUACCGUUACAUGUGGAUUGGAAAGGAAUCAGGAAUAAACACAACUCAAAACCACCACGACUUCGCUUGCGGCCAAAAUGGGGGUGGCAGUAAUCAACUCACGACGGUCGCAAACAAACGGCGGGUCAACCCCGCAGUUACCAUGGGCUAAUGCCGACUAGUAGAAAGCCCGCAUAUAGGCUGAAUCACGUCUCUGCAAUGGCCGAGUGUGUUUUUCACGCACAUCCACCCCCGCUUGUCGCAGCUUUAAUUAAGAGGGGUGAGCCCUGUUUAAUUACUGACCCAGAAACGACCUGUCCAAUGAGAGAUUCGUGGGGGCGCCGACGCGUCCAUAGAUGGGAGUCUUGGUAGAAAAAAUAAUGCGCGCCCAAUGAUAUCUCACUAUUCCUGCCCUUCUUUGAAGACUGUAGACCGAAAGGGAUCAACAGCAGCGCAGCUGUGAAAUGGAAAUGAGAAAAUUACGUCCUGCUUGGCCACAGUUAUGAGUCACGCCGACAGAGGCGCGUCAUCGGGGGCUGCCGGGCCCUUUAAGCUGCUGUAAUGCUGCGCGAACACACGCGCGGCGCACAUCCACGUUGACGUACGAGUAGGCGGGGCGACGUACUACUACUACUACUACUACUACUACUACUACUACUACUACUACUACUACUACUACUACUACUACUACUACUACUACUACUACUACUACUACUACUACUACUACUACUACUAUUACUACUACUACUACUACUACUACUACUACUACUACUACUACUACUACUACUACUACUACUACUACUACUACGAGGGGCCUUCACAUCUGUCUAGCUAG